CCUUAAAUACUCUCUCCCUCAAAUCUUCUCCAUUCACAGCUCAAACAAAUCUCGCAAUUACUUCUGUGUCCCCCAUCUUUGGAAUUCUUUGAUCUUUUCUUUUCCUGCAAAUGGCUCUUAAAGCCGUUUUUGUCUCCGACGUCCCCAGUCUCGAUCAGGUGCCGGAGCAUGCAACGACGGCGAUCUAUUCUUCUCGCUUCUCCAAAGGAAACGAUGGAGGAGGCCGAGCUUCGUUGAAAUGGCCAAAGUUUUCAAUUAUAGGGCACAGAGGGAGUGGAAUGAAUAUGUUGCAUUCGCCGGAUCGGAGGAUGCAAGCAAUUAAAGAGAACUCCAUUCUGUCCUUCAAUACUGCCGGAAAGUUCGCCGUCGAUUUCGUUGAAUUCGAUGUUCAGGUGACCAAAGAUGACUGUCCAGUCAUUUUCCAUGACGACUUCAUACUCACAGAAGAAAAUGGUCAGAUAUUUGAAAGAAGACUCACAGAACUAACUUCAGCUGAAUUCCUCAGCUAUGGACCCAAAAGAGAGCCUGGAAAUGUUGGGAAAACUCUGUUAAGAAAAACUAAAGAUGGCAGGAUUUUCAAUUGGAAAGUUGAAGAAGAUGAUGCCUUCUGUACCUUACAAGAAGCAUUCCAGAAGGUCACCCCUUCUUUGGGAUUCAAUAUUGAGCUGAAAUUUGAUGAUCACAUUGUUUAUCGAGAUGAAGAGCUCAUCCAUGUCCUUCAAGCAGUCUUAAGGGUGGUGUUUGAGUUUGCCACUGAGAGACCCAUUAUUUUCUCAACCUUCCAGCCAGAUGCAGCAAGAUUAAUCAAAUUGUUGCAGAGCAUCUAUCCUGUGUACUUCCUGACAAAUGGAGGAACUGAAAUUUACACUGAUGUGAGAAGGAAUUCAUUAGAGGAGGCUGUAAAGCUCUGCUUGGCAUGUGGUUUGCAAGGAAUUGUUUCAGAAGUUAAAGCUAUCUUCAGAAAUCCAGCAACCAUUAACAUGAUCAGAGAAGCUAAUCUUUCACUCCUAAGCUAUGGCCAAUUGAAUAAUGUCCCAGAAGCUGUUUACAUGCAACAUCUAAUGGGUGUGGAUGGAGUGAUAGUAGAUCUGGUUAAAGAGAUUACAACAGCAGUGUCUGAUUACAUCAAUCCUGUAAAAGAGGGUGAGGAAGAUGGCCUCUCUGCAGGGGAUGGGCAGAUUCAAAUAGCAGAAAGGCCCAAAUUCUCACAGCGUGAAAUCUCUUUUCUACUGAAGUUGAUACCUGAGUUGAUACAGGUUUAAGGCCAUUGACACACAUACAUCAUAGAGAGAAUCACACUGGGCAUGAUACAGGAUUUUAUAAUUUCCUCCCGGCCCCUUUCCUACUAGGGAUACUUAAACAAGGAGGAUAACCCUUUCCCGAAAGGGAAUCAAUGUACAGUAAUUUUAUCUUUUCACCCCUUCAAUAGCUAUUAAAUCUGUAUUACUAGGGGGCUUCAUCUUUUGAUUUGUUUUUGACAUUUUAGUUUUUUUUUCUUGGGGCAAUCAAA